AUGAAAUCCCUCUAUGGUCUCAAACAAGCAUCUAGGCAAUGGAACAUCAAGCUCACUGAUGCACUUAUUGAGAAUGGUUACAAACAAAGUCUUUUUGAUCACUCUCUGUUCACAAAGCAGAAAGAAGGAGAAAUAGUCAUCAUAUUGGUGUAUGUAGACGAUUUAAUGAUCACUGGAAGCUGCUCUAACUUAGUCAAUGAUGCCAAGAAGGUCCUACACAGCAAGUUCAAGGUUAAAGACUUAGGCAAGCUGAGGUACUUUCUUGGAAUUGAGGUAUCAAGGUCAAAGAAAGGAAUCUUACUCAAUCAAAGAAAGUAUGCCUUGGAAUUAAUUUCAGAGGUGGGUUUGAGUGGUGCAAAACCAGCUGCAACUCCUAUAGAGUUGAAUCAAAAAUUGACAACUGUGGAGUAUGAUACAUGUGUUGGGAAAACAGGAGAUUUAGAGCUGAAAGAUAAUUCAGCUUAUCAAAGAUUAAUAGGAAGGCUGCUGUACUUAACAAUUACCAGACCUGAUAUAAGUUUUGCAGUGCAAACUUUGAGCCAGUUCAUGCAAAGGCCCAAAGAGUCACAUAUGGAGGCAGCAAUGAGAAUAGUCAGAUAUAUCAAAGGGGGACCAGGCAUGGGAUUACUGAUGGAGGCAGGACCUAUUGAUCAACUAGUGGCUUAUUGUGAUUCAGAUUGGGCAUCAUGCCUUAAUACCAGAAAAUCUGUGACAGGAUAUAUUGUUAAAUUGGGAAAUUUCUUAAUAUCUUGGAAAUCAAAGAAACAACCUACAAUAAGCAGGAGUUCAGCAGAAGCUGAAUACAGAAGUAUGGCUGCUGCAACUACUGAGAUUACAUGGUUAACAGGAUUGCUGGAAGACUUAGGAGUUAAAUAG